AUGGGCGACCACUGGCGUCCCACGAAGAGGCAAAGUCAACUUCUCGUGGCUAACAGCGAUCAGCCUGAGGCGGGACUUGUGGUCCGAUUACAGGCACGCUUCAGUAUGCCGAGUCCGAGCGACUAUAGCGUCGGUUGGAUCUCCGCUAUACAUACAGAGUACGUUGCCGCUCAAACUUUCCUUGACGAAAAGCAUGAAAGGCCACAACAUUUGUCUGCCGGUGAUAGCAACGACUAUACAUUAGGCAAAGUUGGUGAGCACAAUGUUGUCAUCGCUGUCUUGCCCAAUGGAGAAUACGGCACGUCCUCUGCAGCAACCGUUGCAAAAGACAUGCAGCGCAGUUUCACAAAUCUCAAAAUCUGUCUGAUGGUUGGCAUCGGCGGUGGUGUCCCAAGUCCAAAUCAUGAUAUCCGGCUGGGUGACAUUGUGGUUAGCGCUCCUCGCGAUGGUGACGGUGGUGUCUUUCAGUAUGACUUUGGUAAAGCAAUCCAGGAUCAAAAAUUCAGACCCACUGGGUUCCUAAACCAGCCACCCGUUGUCUUGCGAAGCACAGUGGAGGGACUUCGGGCCCAGUAUGAAAUCGAAGGCCACCAGAUUGAAGAGGUCAUCGCCAGGAUUUGCGAGAAGAAUCCAAGACUGCGAAAGAAGUACAAUCGGCCAGACAGAAGCAGCGACAGGCUCUAUCGAAGCGAAGUAAUACAUCCUCCAAAGAAUGAAGCAAGCUGUUUGGAAGUCUGUAACAGUGAUCCAUCGAGCUUGAUACCACGACCCGAACGGGCGGAAGGUGAAGAUAAUCUGGUCAUUCACUACGGACUUAUCGCUUCGGGAAACCGGUUAAUAAAGGACGCCCUACUUCGGGACAAGCUUGCAGCGGAGAAAGACAUCCUGUGCUUUGAAAUGGAAGCUGCGGGCCUGAUGAACCACUUUCCUUGCCUAGUUAUUCGCGGUAUAUGCGAUUACUCGGAUUCCCAUAAGAACAAAGUGUGGCAGGGCUAUGCAGCUAUGGCGGCUGCUGCAUAUGCAAAAGAUCUUCUCAGUCGAAUGGUACCAAAAAGGGUUGAGGCUGAGAAGAAGAUCGGUGAUAUUCUAUCCGGCCUCCAUGAAGCUGUAGACAAGCACCGGGACAUUGCAGAGGGGCAGCUCCAAGUUCAGAAAGAGCUACUCAACGAUGAGCGCCAAGCCCGGGAAGAUCAAGCUAUGGAGAGGCUUUCCGAAAAAGAGCAAGAGUGCCAUCAGCUGUUCCGUCUCACAUCUGACGGCAAGGACGCCACAUAUGAGUGGUAUAAAGACCGAGUGGAAAACCGAGUAGAAGGCACCUGCCAAUGGUUCCUCCAACAUGCCAAUUUCCAGAGCUGGCUGAAACAAGAUUCCGGCCCCCUCCUGGUCUCGGCGGAUCCUGGUUGUGGAAAGUCGGUGUUGGCCAAGUACCUGAUCGACUGUUACCUGCCACGAUCUGCCACCGUCUGCUACUUCUUCUUCAAAGAGCAAGACCAGAAUACUGUCCGUCAAGCGCUUUGCGCACUUCUUCACCAGCUCUUCUCCUAUACGCCAGCUCUGAUCAAAUAUGCGAUGCCACACUUCCUCAAGGACGGGAAAGGUCUGACUAAGUCGACUGCCUCGCUCUGGGAAGUGCUGCAAAACGCUGUAAAAGGUACUAGCGAAGGACCUAUAAUUAUUGUCCUCGAUGCCCUGGACGAAUGCGCAGAAUCGGAGUUUGUGGACUUGAUACGGAAUAUUGAGAGCCAAUGUCGCAGCGACCAGUUGGGCCUUGGCAAAUUGAAGUACUUCCUUACUUGCCGCCCGUAUGAGCAGAUCGUGUCCAAGUUCCGCGGCCUAUUAGACGAUUUUCCAAAUAUCCACAUACCAGGAGAGGAGGAGUCAGAAACCAUCAGUCAGGAGGUGAAUCACGUCAUUAAGCACCGGGUCGAUCAGCUGUCGAGGCAGAAGCGCCUCUUACCGCGAAUCAAGAGCCACCUGGAGAAAAAAUUACAGGAGACCACCCACCGCACUUACCUUUGGGUCUACCUUGUGUUCGAUUACUUGGAGAAAGAAAACUUCAAAGAGACAAUAAAAGGGGUCGAGUCAAUCAUUGCAACGCUUCCGGCAAGUAUCAAUGAAGCAUAUGAGCAACUUCUUCACAACUGCGAGUCGGCCCCAACACUCUCCGAAAUGAACAUUGCCGUGAAUACGGAUGACAAAACACAAUCUUUUCAUGAUCUCGACUUGGAUGAUGAAGAGAAGUUCAAGUCCCGUCUCAGAGAUUCGUGUGGAUUGUUCAUCUCAAUCCACGGUGGCAGGAUUUAUUUCCUUCAUCAAACCGCUCGCGAGUUUCUCCUCGCACCUUCAGCAACGCCCAGUGCUGUUCCCUCGGGGCUACAAUGGCAUCACUCCAUCACUACCUUCUACGCACACGCCGUUCUUGCAAAGAUCUGCGUGCUCUAUCUGAACUGCUUCAACUCUGAUGCUAUACUUUGGGCAGAUGCUGAAGCGGAAGGUGGCUAUGAUGUCGAUCCUCUUGCCUUCUUAGAUUACUCGGCCAAAGCCUGGGGGGCUCACUUCCGCGAAGCUGGCGUUAUACAUGACGCUAACAUCGUACCUUCCACUGCGAGGAUUUGCAAUCCGGAUUCGAAGAGCUACUCAGCAUGGUUUCAAAUCUAUUGGGAGACUACAAUUAUGCAGCCUACUGAGUGCUUUACGGAUCUUAUGGUAGCGUCGUAUUUUGGUCAUUGCGCCGUUGUCAAGCUUCUUCUCGAUAUGGAAGCGAAGAUCGAGGCGAAAGACACCGAACAUGGUCGGACGCCGCUAUUGUGGGCCGCUGCGAACGGACACGAAGCUGUCGUCAAGUUGCUACUCUUGCAAGGCGCUGAUAUUGAAGCGAAAGAUACCGAAUAUGGUUGGACGCCGCUCUCGUGGGCCGCUAGGAAUGGACACGAAGCUGUCGUUAAGUUGCUCGCCUUACAAGGCGCCGAUACCGAGGUGAGAGAUACCGAAUAUGGUCAGACGCCCCUAUUGUGGGCCGCUAGGAACGGAGACGAAGCUGUCGUUAAGUUGCUCGCCUUACAAGACGCCGAUAUCGAGGCGAGAGAUACCGAAUAUGGUCAGACGCCGCUAUCGUGGGCCGCCGAGAACGGACACGAAGCUGUGGUAAAGUUGCUCGUCUUGCAAGGCGCCGACGUUGAGGCGAAAGACAAAUGCAAUAGGCGGACGCCGCUAUCGUGGGCCGCUGGGAACGGAUACGAAGCUGUCGUUAAGUUGCUCGCCUUACAAGGUGCCGAUAUCGAGGUGAGGGAUACCGAAUAUGGUCAGACGCCCCUAUCGUGGGCCGCCGAGAACGGACACGAAGCUGUCGUAAAGUUGCUCGUCUUGCAAGGCGCCGACGUUGAGGCGAAAGACAAACACAAUAGGCGGACGCCGCUAUCAUGGGCUGCCCAAGAAGGGCGCAAGGCCGUUGUCGAGCUGCUGCUGGAAUAUGGAGCUAGUGCUAGCGUAGUUGGUUGGACGCCGUUAUUAUGGCCUGCCAUGAGGGGCCAAGAGGCUAUUAUAAAGCUGCUGCUCGAGAAGUGCGCCGACGUUAGGUCUAAGGGUAGUGAAGAUUGCCAGACGUCACUAUCGUGGGCUACCUGGAACACCGAAAAUAGGCAAGAUGUAAUUAUCAAGCUGCUGGCGAAGAACGGCGCCGAUAUCGAAUCGAAGAACAAGGAUGGUCGGACGCCGCUCCUAUGUGCUACAUCGUCGAAAAACGAAGCUAUGGUAAAGCUGCUAGUGGAGAUAGGCGCCAAUAUCGAGUCAAGGGAUAAUAAUGGCCGAACGCCGCUCCUAGGGGCUAUAUCGUCGAAUAACGAAGCUAUGGUAAAGCUGCUAGUGGAGAUAGGCGCCAAUAUCGAGUUAAGGGAUGAGAAUGGUUGGACGCCGCUCAUAUGGGCUACAUCGUUGGAGAACAAAUCUAUGGUAAAGAUGCUAGUGGAGAUGGGCGCCAAUGUCGAUCCAAAGCAUGAGGACGGCCGGACGCCAUUUGCCUAG